ACAAAUCUCCAGAGAUACACCCAGUUUAAACCCACAGUUUAUGUUUACACCUGUUAGGACAUUCAAAUUUUACUACUUGUGACCAAAAGCUUAAAAUCUUUAUCCUCCAAAGGUAAAUCUAGUAUCAUGUCUUCCUGUAAAAUUACCAAUAAUAAAAGUGUUACAAUUAUAUUUUCCUAUAUUUUCCUAUAUAGGUAUAAGGAGUACAUAGUAUUGCAAGUGUAGCUAUUUGUGUGAUAUUUAAUAAACAAGUUUUCUGUAGCAAGCCUAAUGAAUCUUUGCAAAUCCCCUAAUUUAAGUCUGUGCUAUUAUUUAAAAAAAAAAAAAAAAAAAACAGUUUAAAAGGAUUAAAAUUAUGAACUGCUGCGAGGGAUGCUACCUUCCUGUUUAUGCUGUUAUAUAAUCUCAACUUUUCUAGUUUCAAGCUCCGGUAUCUGAUUGGCACGUGGUCCAUCAUCAGUGAACAGCCGGCAACAGUGUGGCAGCUGGGCUGAUAAGUCAUUCAUAUGGAGGAUGAUAGCCGUGGUCCAGGUGGAUUUUACAGUGCAACACUUUACUGGACCUCUCAGUCAAUAUGUUUGAACCCAUCUGUUUUAAUGUGGAACAUGUAGACGGCACCGUCCUUCACACAAACAGUAAUUUCUAUCAUAAAGCGAUUAUAAUGGUACUUAUACACUAUAGGGGCUUUUAACAAAGUUGAAUUUCCAAUAUGGUAGGAGAGGUUGUUGUUGUUGAGCGGAUUGUUGUCAUGUCCCCGCAGUGCCUGUAGUGGUGCUGUGAGGAGUCUGCUGUGGAUCCAACAAAAAUCCUCAUCAGCCUACCUACUGCUUGUAAUUUGCUCUGGAUAGCCUAUAUUUACAUGCAUCCUUAUUUCAAGAUAUACCGAGCUCGAUGAAGAUCACUGUUACUAUCCUAUCUCGACUAUCGAUGCACAAAUAGCCUAGCUGAUUCUAAUAGACAUUUCGGCCGUCUAUCUGGAGCGAAUACCUUACACAGCCCAUACCAAUUCAAGCUGAUGUUGUCAAGGACAAGAGUCACGUGAUGUAUGAAGGCAAACACAUACACUUCUCAGAGGUGGACAAUAAGCCGUUGUGCUCAUACAGCCCAAAGCUCUGCAAGCAGCGCAGACUAAACGGCUAUGCUUUCUGUAUCCGGCACGUUCUGGAGGACAAGACAGCCCCCUUCAAGCAAUGUGAAUAUGUGGCUAAGUACAACAGCCAGCGAUGUACCAACCCCAUCCCCAAGUCUGAGGACCGCAGGUACUGUAACAGUCACCUGCAGGUUCUCGGCUUUAUCCCCAAGAAGGAACGGAAAAAGAAACACGAUGCUUUGGAAGAAAUGCGCUCACGGGCUCACCUGGAGUCAGUGGCACUCAACAUAACUGUGCCCUCUCUAGCUCUGAAAGCUCCCAAUGGUCUAGAUGAACUUCCACCAUCUCCCCCCUGUACACGCCUGUUACCCCUCCCUGAUGGGGAACUCCUGGACCCUUUUGCCUUUUAUGAGGAUGACACAGAUGGCGAGGAGGUGGGUACUCCUCGGAAGGGCAACGCCAUCAAGAAGAAAUUGCAGAGUCAUCUGGUGCUCAACCAGAAAUUCUGCCAUGACACGGACCUCUUCCAACCACCUCCUGAGCACUUUAGUCCCACCCCUGUCCCGCGUGCCCACCCCUCCUCGCCACUCAGCGCUCAUCUCCCACGGCAGCAGUCAGGUCUUCUCCAGCCGCCCCAGCACUCCAGUGUGACUUCCUUCAUCUUCCCAGGACAGCAGCAGGGUUUAUUAUGCAAUCCACCACCACCUCAGACGGUCAACUUUCUGCCUCCAGGGAUGCCCGCUAAUGCAGCACCAAGUCCAGUGCAACCUUCUGGGCCAUCACUCAGCAGGAAAAUGCCUUUCACUGCUACUCACUUGCCGGUCACUUGCAAGGACGGUGGCAGUAACAAUCAGCGGCAUGUGGUUGUCAUGCGCCCGACUGCCUUCUCACCUUCUGCCAGCUGUUUGGCCAGGUUGCAACAUCUGGUGCAGCUUUGUGCCAAGAGACACCGGGAGCAUGGAGACCUCUUCCCAUAUCUAGGAUUGGACUGGUCAGAAGACAGUGCUGAUGAUGAUGAAGAUGAUGAAGAAGAGGAGGCAGAGAGAUUUUUUCCUUUUCAGACCUCUUGGAGACCACAGAAUGGGCUGGAAGACGACUGCGACUCCUCUCGGAGAACACGGCUACUUAGGCUUUGCUCAUACCUCCAGCAGAAAUACAAGCACAUGUGCAGGCAGGAGAGGGCGAGUAUCCGCCAGAAGAGAUACCGGUAUGCCUUCCGCAAAGCCUUGCUGCAUGCUGCCAGUAACAACCCAGACUGUGCUGGGCAGCUGAUCCAGGACUUUGGUGGUGCCUCUCGAAAUUCUUCAAGUGUGGCUUCAGCAAAGCAGCAGAACACGGAUACAGGGACCUGCACUGGCAGCACAAAGGGCCAGGCCUGCAACAACAAAGCUCUGCCCUUCACUCAACACUGCUUUCAGCACAUUCUGUUGAAUCGUUCCCAGCAGCUCUUUGCUAGCUGCACAGCCAAAUUUGCAGAUGGCCAGCAGUGCUCCAUCCCCGUGUUUGAUAUCACGCACCAGACACCCCUCUGUGAAGAACAUGCCAAAAAGAUGGAUAACUUCCUGCGUGGGGAUGGAAACCGACGAGUGCAGCACCAGCAGCAGCAACAGCGAAAGCCACGUAAAAAGACCAAACCACCCGCGCUCACCAAAAAACACAAGAAGAAGAGGAGGAGAGGGCCGCGGAGGCCUCAGAAACCCAUCCCUCCAGCGUUGCCGCAGGGGAACCUGGGAAUGCCUUCUACGAGCCUAGCAGUGCCCUCACAGGCCAGCAUCAGGAGCCCUUCGACUCCAGAUCUAAGUACAGAGGAGCUUCCUGACGAUAUCACCAAUGAAAUGGCAGACAUUCCAAAUGACCUUGAGCUAAACCAGGAGGAUUUCUCCGAUGUGUUACCCAGACUACCUGAUGACCUGCAGGACUUUGACUUGUUUGAAGGUAAGAACGGGGAGCUGCUGCCCACCACAGAGGAGGCGGAGGAGCUGGUGCGUGCACUGCAGGCUAUGGGGUCCUACCCAGACUCUUUGGUGUGCCUGACCUCCAUGGGAGACCUGGCCCCAUCUGAAGGAGUGGACCACCGAGCCAUGACCGUGUUUCCUGGUCCGGUCCAGCCGGGGACCAUGGGGGAUCUGCUCAACAGCCGCAUCCCUACAGAGAACUUCACCAGCCUCGAGCUGGAGGAAAAUAUACUGCAGUCCACCGGGGGACACUUUCCCCCCUCGCCGCCAUCUCAGCCUGCUACCCAGCCCCCGACAUCAUGCUCCAACCUGACCUCAUCUUCUUCUACCGUAGCCCCCUCCACCACCUCCCUGCUCACCCAGACCUCCAUAACGGAGCGAACGUUUUCCCGGACACACACGUCCCACGUCCUGGCCAAGUCGGACGCACCCACAUCAUCUCCCCAAGGCAGCCACUACAGCAGUGAGCAUGUGCCAUCCCCGUACAGUGACCACAUAUCUUCUCCCCACGCCAGCUCCUUCCAGACUGACACCCCCUUGCUGCUGGAGGUCCCUCUCAGUGGGGUACCAGGACCCCCACGCUCGUCAUGGAAUAAUCUCCCUCUCCCCCUCACCGACCCCACGCAGUUUGGCAACCUCAUAGGUUCAGAAAGUCAUCUCAUAUCCACCUCCCUGUCCACUCCCCCGGCCACCACCCACUCGGUGACGCUGCAGCCCAUGGCUGCCCUGUCAGCGAUGCCUCAGAGCGGCUUGACAGGUUUAACGACUCCCCCUGCCCCCUCGUCCUCCCUCCCAUCCUCCUCACAUGAUCUUCUGACCUCCACGCAGCCCAAGCAACAGCUCCCUCAGUUCAGCGCGGCCUUUGGCCAUCAAUUGGCCUCCCACAGUGGCAUCCCGAAAGACGUGCAGCCCAGCCACAGCUCUACAGCGCCCCCUGCUGGCUUCUCUAUAGUUAGUGCCACUGCUGCAAGUGCCAACAGCACCACACCACCCUUCACGCAGAGUAAAUGAGAGCAGGCGGCCUGCAGCGGCUGCAUGACGGUCUGUGGACUCACAGUCACUUACAAAUCCAGUCGACUGGCUUCUGAUUGACCACCCCUCGUCAUCUGCUACAUGUGUGCAAUGUGGUAAUAGUGCACUAUUUAAUAAUGAAUUUGCACAACCUUGGAUUUUCCUCAAUAUUUUCUAUUUUUGUUUUUUUUACUCUGUAGCCAGACGGUCUCUGGGAUUUUAAGUCAGUGUGAGUCCACUUGUUUGAUGCCUUGCGGUUUUGUCAGCAGGGGGUUACAGUCAGAUUUUGUGAUGAAGUAAACGGGUGAAAAUUGGCAGAAGGACCUUAGCAGAGAUUAUCUGUGUCACAGUGCUCAGAAUUCAUAGAAGCCUCAAUCAGUGGUCGGUUUGGUUUGCUUUGCCAGUCAAAGUCCUGUCUUAAGAUGAUCAACUGUACCCUGCCUUGCUCAGAUGGCCAUUGCAUUUUCAUUUAAAAAAUUUCCACGUUUUUCAUACACUGUUUCUGUCACCCUCUGAAAAAAAAAAAAACUAGAGUACAAGUUGUGAUAUUUGUGAUCCAUUAUGUUUCAAGCUAUUUAACUGUUAUCAUGAUAUAGAAUCUUACUGAGUCAGAUUUCACAGUCAUACGAAUUUACCAAAAUACUUUUAAACAGCUGUUUUUAUAUUGUGUAUACUAUAUAUGUGCUCAUUUAUUUGUUUGCUCAGACGUAAAAAAUCUCUGACCUCACCAUUGGUUGUGGGACUCUGAGUGGCCUAGUAGACACUUGAAGGUAAAUACAGUUUCUUAAAGCAAUAAACACAUUAACAUAACUUUAGCAUUGUAAGAUAUUUUAUUGGUCUCAUCACAUGUAGCUUUGCUUGUGGAAAUCCAGGCUGGAUCAGGAAUAUAUUUUGGCCUCUAUAACCGUUGGAAACGCUUUAUUUAUAGUUUGACUCAGAACUAGAGCGUAUAGAGACCAGUGAUCAGGUCAGCUUAACUUCUUGUCUCGGGUCAUACUGAGUGGAUUUGUGGGGCUAAUAAAUUAAUUUCAGUGUUAUAGUAAGGGUGACGAUGAAGUAAUCCAGGGACUUUUAAGUGUCUACUCUCAAAGGUGCUCUCUGGUCCACAUAUACAAUGGUCUUUAGUGACUUGCAUGUCUCAUAAAAGGCAAAUUCGGUUUCAGGACUCCCAAGGAAACGCACUAUAAGACUUCAAGGCCACACAAACUGCCUAGAAAAGGCUUCGGCUGUGAAUUGGCACUGGAAAUGAAUAUUUUACUCGUUAGCUAGGUGUAAUUUGAUGGUAUAAAUUGGUGUGUUGAGCACAUCUGAGGUAAAGCACUGUCUUGUUUUACUCAGUUAUAAAGAGAUUUUUAAGCUAAUUGAUGCAAACCUGGGGUCUGGAUUUUGGGAAAGUGACUCAGCUAUCUGUCUGUUAAUGACUCAUACAGCAGUACAACCAUGGCUUUUGAUAGAUAUUGUAUUAGACAUUUGACAGAUCUGUCAGACAUUGUUGAGUAUUAGGUAUAUAGAGUAGCAGUCUCUAUCUUGGGGUUUGUCGGUGAAUUAUUGAGUAGCAAUGGAUUGAAAUUGUUAUUUGCAAUGUAUUCAGUGGAACCUGUGUCUUGUAGAAUGAGUCUCUUGUUUUUAAUGGCUAUCAAAAUGGUUGUAAGUUCUGUUUUAAGUCGGAGGGGUCGAUGUUUGUAUGCUGUGUAUGCCGUCAUUUUGUUUUUAAUAAUAAUGGGAUGGAAAAUAUUUUUUGAUAGCUAUUAAACUCCAGGAAGAAAUCUGAUCUGAGAUCGCAUGGGGCAGUGACCUUUUUUUUUUUUUUGGUGAGAGCAUUUUAAUAUCGAUAUUACAUUAUGGUCACUGACUUGAUUCUCAGUGGUAUGAAACAGUGGAAUACAUGCAUUGCCAUUUCAUUUCAUUCUGCAGAGAAAAACAGAUGAGCGUACGGUAUGUUGCUUUUUCAACAUAGAUUUGCACAGGAGUGGCUGAGGCCGGUGGUGUUUCACAAGUCCCAUUCCUUUUUUUUCUCCACCCCCUCCCCGUUUUUUUUUUCUUUUUGCUCGGACGCUCAUUAAAUGAACAGCUGCCAUCAUUACCAGCUCUGAGCCUGCACCAGAUAACCCCCCUCUCCCCCGUUUCCAGCUGUGAGAGGGCCCAGUUCUGUCUCUCCCUUCCAAAGACAAAGCACGUUAUGAAGUGUAAACCUGUAGCUACACCAGAGACGACUGGGCUCCUCAGUGACUGCUUUGCUUGUCACAAUCAGGUUGGAAGAAAAUGUUUGCAAGGCAAUACUGCUGUAUCCACAUAGCAUGAGAUUAGUCGCUGCACCAGUUUACUCUCCCGACAACCACGUAGAACAAAAUUAACAGGGCUCGUAGGCACAUGUAACUGCUUGAAUUCAGAGAUGGCUGACAAAUUCCUAUACUCAUUGAAUGUACUGUAUUACUGUUUUUAAAGAUAGGAUGAGCUAAUCUAGUCACCUUUUGUUAUUGGUCCUUGUUUAAUUUGUCUAAGGUAUUUUUUGUAUACAAAGGUUUACAUUUUUAUGUAUAUUUUUCUUGUGUACAAACUAUGUAAUAUGUGUACAAACACUGUAUGUAAUAUCUGUAUAUAGUGUGAGAAAUUUGAUCUUUUGUUUUUGGAUGUAUAAAUAAAACUUGCUGUGAGGUAUUUGCUGA